CACAGCCUAGCCUUGCAAGCACUCUUCUCGCUGCGUUUCGAGAUCUCUUUAUGCUUAUUUGUGCACUGUAAUAUAGAGAAAGUGCAGUAGAAAUGAUUUAUUAUUUAUAAAUGUACCUUUUGAGGCGUCAGUACUACAUUACAGGGUGUAUUAUUUUGGCUAGCUAUCUGGUUUCUGUAUGUUAACGUUAGCUAAGCUAGUUACAUAAUGCUAGGAGUAGCUGCUGUUUAAAAACGUGUAAAAAAAGAAGCGAAAUUAGACUUUUUUUCGGAAAAACAAAACUUGAAGACAUAUAUGAAGGAGUUAAAAACUCAGAACCAGGAGUUUUAACCUGCUGUUUAAAUCGAUGCUCAAACGCUUGACGGAUAAAAAUCUAAAGAAACAGGAGCACAGUGUUGUCUUAUUGAUCUCCUUCAGCUCCGUUUAGGCAUUUACUCAAGAUGUCCGAAAUCAUCCUGACGUUUCAGACCCAGCUGUCCGGAGUUAUGGAGACAGUCUUUAAGGCUGCUAUAUUUGAGAUCACCAGGCUGGUGGAGGACAGUUUCCUGGAAGAAGUGUCCCGGAGCCGUGAGCAGGUGGAGUCUCUGAAGAAGAAGCUGCAGUGGUCUGAAAGUAAAGGCAGGAGAAGAUGUGCUGAUUGUGGCAACAACAAAGUGUCCAGUGAAGAAAGACAAGAGAAACCAGCCCCAGUACAAACAGGUAUGGAAAACGCUCGGAUUCUUAAACAGGAGAGAAGUGCAGAGGAGAGCUGGAAAAGCUGUGGAGUUGAGAAGGCUAUUGAACUUUCUGGAAUGAUGGAAUCGGAGCCUGUAUCCAGUCCGGUUAAGGCUGCAGAGCAUGCGGUUCAAGAGGCAGGAAAGAUGGACUGUAUGCUGAAAUCUGAGUCCGUUCAGACUGCCACUGCUACUGAGCUACAAGAUGAGUGGAAACUGAGUACUGAAGUAACACAAGGUUCUGAUAACUCUGCUCAAAGUAAGACGUACAGUGAGCAGGAGCUACAGCAGAUUCAGAAUGACUGGAGCUCUGGGUUGGAUCAAGCCCCUGAACCUGAGCAAGACAUGGACCACAUCCAGGGUCUGCUCUAUAGAACUCGCUACAACAUGGAGGACUUGGGAAGCUAUAGCAACCAGGAGCUGGAUAUGGGAGGGAUGAAUGGCCUAGCAGAGCCUCCUCAGAGAGCCGGAGAGGUUUUGGGAUUCGGGGUGCUAGCAGGAUCGUUGCAAACUGACCUGGGCACAUCUGAGGAAUGCAGAAGACAGCUGAAAAAUAAACGAGGUAACAAAGGCUCGCCAAUGUUACACAACACUUCAGAUACCGCCAACAUGGACUGUUUGCUUAUUAAUGAGGAGGGCUACUUACAGGAUGUAAGCAGUCUCUCUCAGGGUCCAGGUUCACAUGCUGGAGACUCACAGGGACACCCGAUGUACAGUAGAGAUACAGGUAAUGAUGGCACUGAUUGCUUUUACAGUGGAGAUGCAUUCAGCCAGCCACUAGAGCUGAAUAAUGGAUCUGCAGGAAUGGUGGUAGAAAGAGAGGACCAGGAGCAUGCUUGCUCUCAGUGUAUGAUCAGUUUCCCAGACCAGGUUUCCCUUAAAGCGCACUUGAAUGGUCACCGUCAUCGCAACAUCACUACUUCCUAUGUCUGCAACCAGUGUGGGAAGAAGUUCCCUCAAGCCUGCAACCUCAAGGUCCACCAACGUGUGCACCAGAGGGAGGGUCUGCACCUGUGUAGUCACUGCGGGAAAGGCUACACGUCCUUCACCGACCUGCGGCGACACCGAUGCAGCCAGGCCGGAGACAAGCCCUACAGCUGCUCGCUGUGUGGGAACAAGUUCAGCCGCCUGUGGAACCUUAAGCUGCACCGGCGCAUCCACACACAGGAGAAACCGCACCGGUGCAGCAUGUGUGACAAGAGCUUCACCCGGGCGGAUAUCUUAAAGGUCCACCAGCGCACCCACACCGGAGAGCGACCGUAUUCCUGCAGGGUCUGCGGACUCACCUUUAAACGCCUCGACCAUCUCAGAUCACACCAGCGCAAACACGGAGCCAAUCUGAGUAACCACCAGAACUAGCCGUCUGUAGAAUCAUAUAGUCUAUACAGCAUGACUUUUUUUUUUUUAAUAGGUGACUAAUUUACAGGAUUGUACGUUUAGUCCAAACACUGCAUGUCAGUGAAGGUUGCAGUGGAAGAAGGAGCAGGUUAGUGUAUUAAAUGAGCAGACUUAUAAAGCAGAUAUAAUGCACUAUGGAUUGUACACAGCUCUCCUGUGUGUAUAUGUGGUUUUUGUUUUGUUUUUUGUUUUUUUUUUAAAGAUAGUCUUAUUUAUUACAGUUGAUAUUGCAAUUUUCAUAUCUGUAUAAUUUUAUUUGCUUCAAAAAUAUUAACUGCAGGUUUUUUGUUUUUUUUAAUUAUUGUGGUGUUUUUGUGAGUCCUAAAGUUCGAUAUGACAAAAAAUAGUUUCCAGUAGGCUUUUACAGGGCAUAGAGCAAGACCGCAAAAUUGGUUUAUUUUUUUAUGACUAAAAAAUGUCAUGGUAAUUUUGGGCUGUUAGUGAUUUAAAACAAGAAUUGAGUGCACAAGUUUGAAUUUAUUUUGGAUUUUCUCUAAUCCACACAGGGUCAAAAUUAUACAUACAGGCUCAAAUAUAUACAUACAUUCACUUAAAUCUAUUAAUAAGUGGUGCUGAAGGUUCUACAAUGUCUUUUAACUAGACAAGGCCAAGGCCUAUUAACUUCUCGUUAGUGAUCAUGAUUGACUACAACUGGUAGUCUCUUUUUGCCAGCAUAAAAAAAGAUUUGUUUGACAGCACUCAUUGGAUUGACCAAUACUCCGGACCAUGGGAAAGUCCAAGGAACUCCGUGAAGAUCUAAGAAGGAGAAUUGUAGAUUUACACAAGUUGGGAAGGUCUCUUGGAGCCAUUUCUAAACAACUGCAGAUUCCAAGAUCAUCAUUUCAAACAAUUUGUACGCAAGUACAAGUUAUUCGGACGUGUCAUCACUUUGGAAAGGUCUGGAAGAAGACCCAAACUGUCACCCUUGGAGGAGAGGAAAUUCGUUAGGAUGUUCAGGAACAACCAAGGCUCAAGCCUGCCAUGAACUGGAAACUGCUGGAACACCAGCGUCACUGUUCACAGUGAAGCAAGUUUUACAUCGCCAUGGACUGAGAGGGUGCCGACCAAGAAAGAAGCCCCUGCUCCAAAAUCGACACUUUCGAGCUCGACUGAAAUUUGCAGCUGCCCACAUGGACAAGCCAGAUGCCUUCUGGAGAAAAGUUUUAUGGUCAGACGAGACAAAGAUUGAGCUAUUUAGCCACAAUGACGAGAGGUAUGUUUAGAGGAGUAAAGAUGAGGCUUUCAAACCUAAGAACACUGUACCAACUGUCAAGCAUGGUGGUGGUAGCAUCAUGCUCUGGGGCUGUUUUGCUGCCAGUGGUAUGGAAUAAUGAAGAAGGAGGACUACCUCAAUUCUUCAACUUCACCUCAAAUCAACAGCUAGUUAGUUGAAACUUGGACACAGUUGGGUGUUCCAACAGGACAGUGAUCCCAAACACACAUCAAAACUGGUUUUGGAAUGGAUAAAGAAGGCUAACAUUAAGCUUCUGGAAUGGCCUUCCCAAAGGCCCGACCUCAACCUUUUUAAAAGCCAGGAACCAGCCAAUUUACAGUAAAUGAACUCUACCAAUUCUGCCAAGAAGAGUGGUCAAAUAUCCAGCCAGAAUUAUGUCAGAAGCUUGUUGAUGGCAACCCAAAGCAUCUGGUCGAGGUGCAACUUGCUAAGGGGCAUUUAACCAAGUAUUAAUGGGGGUGUAUGUGUAUAUAUUUGAGCCUGUGUGUAUAAUUUUGAUCCUGUGUAGAUUAGAGAAAAAAUCCAAAAUAAAUUCAAACUUGUGCACUCAA